CUUUGGCGCGGGAACUUUGGUGUCCAUGUGAGAUUGACAAGUCUUCAGCGUUUUUAUUUGUUAUUCGCUUCGAAUCCUAUAGUUAAAGCAGUAAGAGGUGUGCAAGGACCAUGGCAGACGAUGAUAACGAAGAUCCCAGCCAUUUUAACCCUCACGAAGACCGCGAAAAGCGAAAACAAGUUCGAUAUGAGUACCGCGAGCUGAUCAAUGAAACCGAAAAAAACAGUCUUGAAUUCACGAAGCCAGAAUCCAGGGGUCUGCACAAGGCUUUGGACAGAGCAGAGGAGCUGUUCAGUGACGUAAAGCAAACAAGAGAAGCAGUCUUAGACUCCAAGUUUCUCGUGGUAGCGGCAAAACUGGGCAGAGUUCAAGCACAAAAACUUCAAACACACUUAGUGAAAUUUGAUGCAGAUGUUUUUGCAGAGAAAUUGAUCACAUUAAUGGGAGGCCGAAGUGUUGAACAAGCAGCAGGUCAAGCCAAUAGCAGUGACGAUGAUGAUGAUGACAAUGAUGACGAUAAUACCAGUACAGAUACUGCCGGCCCAUCAAGAAGUAAACGACAAAGAAUCCAAAACUUAGACUGGAAUAAACUAGGCAAAAUGUCAACUCCAAAUUUUAAAAGAACAUCAACUGUGACAUUUAUGUUUGGCCCACUAGCUAUAGCUCCACCUACUAAAAAAACGCCCAAACCAAGAGACCCUAACAAUAAAGAUAAACCUAAAGCAUCUGAUAAAGUAACCCCAAGCCAGUUGGAUAAAAUCGAAAGUAAUGAAGAAGCUACAACAAUAGAGGUUUCAAGAAUAUAUAAAUAUUUGAGGAAGGCAACUGAUCCAGGUGAUGAUGGGGAAUGUAUACCAGUAGAUUUCUUCAAAUUCAUCGUAAAUCCAACCUCCUUUUCGCAAACUAUUGAAAAUAUGUUUCAUCUAGCUUUCCUAAUCAAGGAUGGUCGAGCAAGAAUAGACCUUGAUGAAGACACGGUGCUUCCUCGUAUUGUUCCCUGUGAACCAUUUCAAGAGGGACAGUGUACCAACCCUGUCAUGAAGAAACAAGUCAUGGUAAACUUCAGUUUUGCUGAAUACAAGGAAAUUAUUGAUGUAUUUAAUAUCAAAGAAUCUAUGAUACCCAGUAGGACUACUUUUGGAAGAGGUGGCAGCAGCGGUUUGACAAAUGGUUUCCAUAGGGAUGGAGAUUCUCCAUAGUCUUGACCUCACUGACCUUUCAAGAAGUCAACAAUGGGCCUGUAAAUGAUUCAUGCAAGAGUUUAUGCAAUCAAGAUCAUUUUAGAUUUAGAUCAUAAUUAGAUAAUUAUCUCUAAAUAGCAAACAUAAUACGGAAAAUAAUAUGGAAUUGCUCAAACUCAGAAUAAGUAUGAUAUUAUGAGAUGUUUUGAAUUUGCAGUUUGUUUCAUAGUUUAUUUUUGGUCCAGUCUCCAUUAGAAUUUCUGAAAGGCCAGUUGCAAGAUGUCAUUUUUUAUCUUGUCCAAUAGCAUUUCACAUUUACAUUAUUUACAAAUUGCUUUUGAAUAGUGUGGUAGUUAUAUCCAAAGUUUGUCACAUUCUUGAGUUUUCCAUUCAACGUAAGAGAAAGUUGCACAUCUUGCAAAAACAAUCACGAUUAUUGUAAAUUAUUUUUUUAGAACUUUACCAAGUAGGUUUUUGGAGUUCCUGUGUCAAGUGGACCACAGGUAGCCCAUACUAUACCUUGGCUACCACGAUAGUCAUUGUUCAUAUUAUUGACAGUUGAUUGACAGUUGAGAUAAAACAACAUACUAUGGAAGAUUGCUCUCUGUACAAGAUAUUAAUAUAAGCACACAUAAUAGAGAUAUAGUUGUAUAUUAUAUUCAAAUCAAGAAAUCUCACUAGUUUUAAAAUCAAUUUAUUAAAAAAUGUUCUUGUUCAAGUUAAAAAGAAUUUAUCAAUCCAAAGUAUGAGAUUAUUGUUAUAAAACACAAUCAUUGUAUGUAACGAUUAAGAAAUAAAGCUUUUUUUAAUGGAA